GCGGCGUCCGCCGGCGCAGCCAUAGCGACGGGCCGGGGCAGGGGCCGAGGCCUCGGGGCUGAGCCGGCUGAGAGGAGCUGGUGUAUACCAUCAGUGCAAAACACAGAAUGAAUUCUUCAGAUAAGAAGUAUAUUUCAGUUUCUUCUCCACAGACUUGCAACAUGAGUAAAAAGCAUGUUCCUCAAAACGUACUCAUGCAACCAGAUUUCCACCCUGUGAAUUGGAAAACGCCACCUGUAAGUGAAAGGGCCUUUGCAUCAAGUCUGCAUGACUCCCAAGAGUCUGACUCAGAAAGCCUUGUUCAGGAGAGACAGUAUCAGUUAGAACUCCAGCAGCGGAUUCGUGAAAAUGAAGAACUGGUAGGACGGUAUUUUGAUGAGCUGGAGAAUGACAGCUUAGAAGAAGAUAGCUUGGAGCAAAUGAGUUUAAAAGAACAAGAAGGAGCAGAGUAUGACACAAAUCAAUGUACACAUGGAAUACAAAAGAAUGAUGGUAAUGGAAGGAAACAACAGUCUGUAGACAAAUACUUCAGCCUAAGAUAUAAUCCUAAUUGGAAGAACACAGAAUUUUCUGAGGCAGAAAAAGCAUGUCAAGUUGCUGGAGGAAGCAGUGCAGAUUUUUCACAAGAUUCAUUUUACCUCCAUUCCAGUGACUCCCCAGAAGAGAAGAAUCAACAGGACGCAAAGUCACAAGAGUCAUUCUCAGAGUUUGGCACAGAAUUACUAAGCUUUCGUGAACCAAAUGCUGUGGUCAGCACUGAAACUUUUAGGCUACAUACCAAAGGGAAGGAAUCUGCAGAUGGCUGUCAUUUCAAACAUAGUCCCAGUGGAUGUGGCAGUGCUUUUUCUCUUCAAAUUCAAGGAGAUCGGCCACACAGAGCAAAAACAGACUUUGUGGAAAAGAAUAAACGGACAUUAGGUUUACGUUCAAAUAAGAUAAAUUCCUAUCUUCAGUUACACAGUAAAAAGCAAGAAGCUCUUCAAGAGCAGGUUACAGAUCCUAAAGCAGUUGAUGAGGAACCCGUUCAGAGUGUCCUGCCAUUCCAGACUGUGAAAAUGGAGCCUGAAGACAAAUGGUACCUGAAAGCACAGCAGCUCAAGGAUCACCAAAAUAAGUCCUCCCAGAGAGAUAAAAUAAAAUCCAACCAGAGUCUCAGACAGAGAGCUUUCCCAAGGAAUGACAGCCAACAUCCAACAGGAAGGCCAGCAAAACCAAAGUCUUGGCACCACAGGCACCACCAAGUAUCAGGAUUUCGGACUGCUCCUCUGCAGGCAGUGGAGCAGGACAACAGCGGUGCACUGCAGAAAAGGCUGUAUCCAAGUCAUUCUGUUGACCCUGACACGAAUACAGCAGCAAAUUCAGAUACUUGCUUAAAUAAUUUCCCAAAUUCAAGGCACACUGUUAAUCGGGAUUUUACCACAUCUACCUACCCUUCUCAUCCAACAUUACAUAGAUUUAACCCAGCAGAGGUUAUAACUCCAGCAUAUACCAGCAAGGAGAGCAAGAAAUAUCAGCAUCAUUCUCCACAUGGACUUCCACAUGACCAGCAACAUCUGUACAACCAUGUCAGUGUGCAGCUUUUUGCAAGAGAUAACAGUACCAAUGGUCAAGCACAUCCACAUCAGAGGAAUAUUUCAUCUACUUUUCAUGCCAAUUUCCAAGAAUUGGUGAAGGAUCAAGCAUCACUUCAGGAUUGCAAAAGACACAUUUAUGUGGAUAAAAGGCCUUCUCAGUCUUCGGUUCACAGUUCACCAACAGCCCCUUGUACAACCUCUCCGUUUACCCAAAUGAUGGAGCAACAUCACCAAGAAAUCACUCAUUUGACAGAAGCUCACUUAGCUGACCUGCAGUUGUUCAGCCUACAUCCACCUACAAUCCCACAGACAGAAAGUGGUUCAGAGGUAGAUCCAGAAAGUGGUGAAGGAAGUAGAGUGAAAAUAAGCCAAAGCAACUCAGAAGGAUAUUUAAUGGAAAAGCAAAAACAGCCUAAAUUCAGCAAAAAGCCAUGUCGCUCAAAACCCUACAUAAACCUGAAUGUAAAGCUUGGAGGCCUCGGACCUGACUAUGAAGCAAUCAAAGAGAAAAAAGAGAAGUUAAAGCAACAAAAGGAAUAUGCAAAGCAAAUUAAGGAACAUAAUAUGAAAAGCAUUGCUUCAGUUCAGAGAUUACCUACAAAGCCCCAGGUCGUAUCUUCAGUGUCAAGGCAGAAGGCGCUGGAAUAUGCUAAGAAGAUUCCUAGACCAAAGACUUUCACAGCAAGGCAAUCAAAUGAAGAGGUGAAAGAGGAAAGAGUUCUGCCAUGGACUUUAAAUGGAGACAGUUUACCUCAGAUAGCAUCCUUGGAAACUUUGCAAAAUAGACACGAGAAGGAGAAGGAAGUUGUAGCUGCUUUCAGAACCCUUCAUAUCUUCUAAGUAUUUUGGAAUUAUUAGGGAUAUCUUCAAGGCAAAAGUGGCUGAACUAUUUAAUUAUGAGUAUCAAUCACGUAUCGACCAUCAUCAAUUCAACCAUCACAUAUUGAUUUACUAUUCCACUGAAAUAUAAAGUGCCUUCAUUUUAAUAAUUGUUAAAUUUUAGAAUCAGUUAUACUAUACCUAAUUUCAAAAAACUUAAACAGUUGCAUAUGUAGCAUUUUAAAUCUGGUCAUCUCCAUUAUUAUUUUUCUUUGAAAACAACUGAUCAGUUGCAUCUUUCAGACUAAUCAGCUGUUGUCUUGUCACAGCUGGAUCAUUUUUAGACACAUCAAACAUAUGGGCAUAUCUACAAAAUAUUAAAAAUAAACAUCAGUUUCAUUUUAUGAUCUCAAUAUCAGCAAUGUUUCUCUUUUUGGAGUGCAGACUGCCCAGAAAUAAAGCCAAAAAUAAUCUGUUGCUAUUAAGAAAGAGAACAAAAAUGUGCACCAAACAUAGCAGUUGGUAAUGAUACAAUACUAAUUAUUCAAGUGUUAUUCUGUUAUCUCUUAGUGAAUAGCUGUCACAUCAAGACCAAAAUUUUGAAGCUUCAUCUGGGACAAGAAAAUUCAAAACAAGUACUGGCUGAUCAUGCAGACAAUCUGUUAUUAAGCAGAAGCAGUUGGAAAAUAUAUUGAGUAACUAAGGAUAAUUGAGAGCUACAUGUUUGAGAGGAAACAGCUUUUAACAGAUUAAAUCUAUAAAAAUAACAACAAACAGAUGGGUUUCUUAUGAUGGUUCCAUUUCUUUAACUUAGUAAAUUAUUAAUUAAGUCAACACAUGAAAUGUGAUUAGAACACACAGCAAGGGAAUUUUGAAGAAAACACACUGAAAUAUCUUUGAAAAUAAGCUAGUUAAAAUGAAAAAAACACAACAACAACAACCUUGUGAUUAUGUGUAAUUACUUUAUCUGAUUUAUUAGGUUCCCUUUUGUAUGGGAGAAGAGAGAGAAGU